CCUCUGUGUAUAAACCACAACAUGAUUGCAAUAAUCAGUCAAUUAUUACUUGUUUUUUGAAUUAAAACUCAUUUCAAACAUCAAAUAAAUUUAGUUUUCAAAGUGUAUUAGCAAUCAAUUAAUACAGUAGUGUAUGUGCGAGUGAUAAUUGUGCCAGGUUGUGCCGGGUGACCAUCAUAAUUAACACUGAACAGUUUUCUCAAUUCACUAUUCAUACCAUUUAUUCACAUAUUUAUAAUGGCCAUUGGUUUCAAUGUAGAACAGGUGACGUAUAAGAACCUGAAGUUCCAGGUGUGGGAUCUGGGCGGACAGACAUCCAUACGGCCAUAUUGGCGCUGUUACUUCUCCAACACCGAUGCCAUCAUCUAUGUGGUCGACAGCAGCGAUAGGGAACGCAUCGGUAUCUCCAAACAAGAACUCGUAUCGAUGCUCGAAGUGAUUACCAUUUCAUAAGUUAUUUUAUAGU